CGUCAGCAUGGCUUGAUUAUGAGAGCUACUUUCAUUCCUAGAUCAUCUUUAGUACCUAUUUAGGUAUGCUACGCGUAUCUACGUAAGAACAUUGAUGGUGCUUCGGGGUGCAAGUUGGGUUUAAAUCCGGUCGUCACACUAAGUAUUACCUAUAACUCGUUGAUUUCCAACAUUAUUCGACACACUUCCAAAUAUUUUAAUCGUUUUCCCUGUUCUAGAAAGUCGCGAUACCUAGAAUUCUCAUUCUCUGCAUUUCAUCUGCAAACCUACACAAUGGCUUCCUCCUCCGGCUACGUUCCUAUACUCCCAUCUGAUUCUGCGGUUAACGAGAGAAUCAAAAGUUUUAUGGAGAAAUUCUAUGCCAUAUCCGACGAUCCAUCAAAGAACGAAGAGUGGGUGGAUUACUUCUUGCCCGACGCCGUGGUUAUUAUCGGUGAUAGGUCGGCCAAGGGAACUGAUGAAAUCCGUCAGUUGCGCCAGGGUAUGUGGGAAAGGACGAAAUCACGGAGACAUAAACCGGGCAAAGUGUUUCCGGCGACCUUUGGUGGGGCCGACGAAGGCGAAGGAAUGACGAUAGAAUAUAUGCUCCAAGGCUCAGUCGACUUUGUUUUGAAGAAUGGAGAACAGAAAGCGGUGUCGUGGGCGGGACAUGCUGUCUUGAACGAUGCGCAAGGGAGGUUGAAAUAUCAGUUCUAUCAAGUCUACUUGCGCGGAUGACUGCUCUUGCUUCCCGUUAAGGUGUGUGUUGAUCACGUAACCUUAGAAUCCUGAAAGAAAAUUCAAAUGAUCCCGUUCCUUAUUA